AUGGCCAAAGAGAGCUGGACCAUGGCUGUCUGUGAUUCCUGCAAAACCUCGCCGGCGAGCCUCUUCUGUAGAGCCGACUCCGCCUUCCUCUGUAUAACUUGCGACGGCAAGAUACACGCCGCCAACAAGCUCGCUUCUCGCCACGCGCGCGUGUGGAUGUGUGAGGUCUGUGAGCAGGCUCCGGCGAGCGUCACAUGCAAGGCCGACGCGGCUGCCCUCUGUGUUACCUGUGACCGUGAUAUCCACUCUGCCAAUCCCCUCGCUCGCCGCCACGAACGGUUUCCCGUCGUUCCGUUUUAUGAUCCCGCCACUACUGUGUCGAAGCUUGGCGGUGGAGGUGGUAACAGCGAUCACCAUUACCUCUUGGAUUUCGAUGUGAACGUCGCCGGGACAGAAGCUGAGGAAGCCGAGGCUGCCUCGUGGCUACUUCCGACUCCGAAUCCAAAUCUCAACAAAAUCGCUGAUGGAUCUGAUGAUGAUAAUAAUGUCAAGGUUACGGAAUCGGAAUCGGGAUACUUGUUCAACGAGAUCGAUCCGUAUAUUGAUAUAGAUCUGAAAACGCCAAAUCAAAAGCCUAAUCAGAUCCUUCAUCGAUACAAUUCCCCAACAGAUGGAGUCGUUCCGGUACAGAACAAGAACAAUAAUCAGCAUUACCAAAUACCACCACAUGGACAUGUUUCUUCAGAUGUAGUCGAAGGAUUACCGGCUUAUGACAUCGAUUACACCGGAUCUAAGCCUUUCAUGUACAAUUUCACUUCUCAAACCAUCAGCCAAAGCGUAUCAUCAUCUUCACUAGAAAUCGAAGUAGGCGUGGUCCCGGACCACAAAGCCGCCAUGGCAGAUGUAUCAAACAACCACCACCACCACCACCAAUCAUCAGCGGAGGUCUAUCCAAGUCCUGUGAUGGGAUUCGAUCGAGAAGCCAGGGUUUUAAGAUACAAAGAAAAGAGAAAGAACAGGAAGUUCGAGAAGACGAUUCGAUAUGCUUCAAGGAAGGCUUACGCAGAGACGAGACCCAGAAUCAAAGGAAGAUUUGCCAAGCGAACUGAGAUCGACGUCGAAGCUGACGAUGCUUUCAUCUCACCGGAUUACUCGUCAUACGGCGUCGUUCCAUCCUUCUAAUUAAUAAUUAUGUAUUUUUAAUCACUGCAUGUGUGUUUUUAAUUACCCCAUGUGUGUUUUUUAAUCAAUCCAUGUGUACAUAUUAGGUGUACCGUUUAAUCUCGAUCGUUAACCGUUGAUUUGCCUUUCAUUAAUCAUUAUAUUCUUAAA